UUAAUCUAGCCCUAUAAAUGGUGACCAAGAUUUGAGAAUUUCUUCGUACAAGUACGUAGAGAGGAAAAGGAAAAAAGAAAAAAAAACAAGGAAAGAACUUCAUAUCACAGAAAAAUGGCGGAGUUAUUUCUUAAGCAAGCAAAGCAGUACGCUGAGAAUCGGCCGGAUUACCCGAAAGAGCUGUUCGAAUUCAUUGCCUCUAAGACCCCCUGCCACGACCUCGUGUGGGACGUCGGCACCGGAAGUGGACAAGCUGCACAGUCUCUAGCUGGGAUCUACAAGAAGGUCAUUGCCACAGACACAAGCCCAAAACAACUCCAAGAAGCGCCCAAACUUACCACCAUCCGCUAUGAGCACCCCCCACCAGUCAUGUCCAUAGCCCAAGUGGAGCAAAUAUUGACACCAAAAUCAAGCCUCGAUCUAGUCACCAUAGCUCAAGCCCUUCAUUGGUUCGACUUCCAAAAUUUCUACGACCAAGUUAAGUGGGCCCUCAAGAAACCAAACGGCGUCGUCGCGGCGUGGUGCUACACUUUGCCAAGAGUCAACGCCUCGGUUGACAGAAUCAUGGACCGCCUCUACACCGUCUGCGCGGGGCCUUAUUGGGACCCGCUGCGUAAGUUUGUGGAUGAUGAGUACAGGGGAAUCGACUUUCCGUUUGAGGCUGUGGAGGGAGCUUGUGAAACGGGGCCGUUUGAGUUUGUGAUCGAGAAGGUGAUGGAUUUGGAGGGGUUUUUCAACUAUAUAAGGUCUUGGUCAGCGUAUCAGACGGCUAAGGACAAAGGUGUGGAGCUUUUGGGAAGUGAUAUCGUUGAGGAGUUUAAGCGAGCUUGGGAGAAUGAUGAGGGUGGAGAUUGUAAGAAAGUUGUUAAAUGUCCUCUGUUUUUGAGGAUUGGAAAAGUGGGGGGAGAUGUAGAAUAAUAAUAAGGGCUUCACGUUGUACUUUUUACGCACUUUAUUUUAAUAAAAUUUCUUAUUACUAAA